GAAAACAGUUCAAAACCCUCGGCCGAAUAGUAAGGCAAAGCCGCAAAGGCUUAUCCUUCCGAGUUUCCACCCUUUACAAUGGCGAGCGCUCCCGCCGGCUUUGCCCCCACCGUCGCUGCUUCCACAAGCUUCGGCUUCAGCCGCUUCACUAUCGUGGCAUGCCCCUUCCCCUCGCGCACUCAUCUUCCAGCGGCCUCCUCCGUUGGGGUUCGCAAUCAGCAGCGCGCGUCCACUGCCACCGCCUGCCUGCCGCCGCCGAAUACCUCCCAUGGCGCCGCCACCAGGCUGUACGUCAGCGGUCUUUCGUUCCGCACAACCGAACGGAGCCUCCGGGACGCGUUCGAGAAGUUUGGUGACCUUACGGAAGUUUGUCUCGUGAUGGAUAGAGUAGCGAAGCGACCGAGAGGUUUCGCUUUCCUUUCUUACACCGGGGAGGAGGAAGCCAGGGGCGCCAUGGAAGGGAUGCACGGGAAGUUCCUGGAUGGCAGAGUGAUCUUUGUCGAGGUUGCGAAACGAAGAGCUGAAGCCUGAAGGAUCGCGCCCAAAUAUUGCUAAAAAAAAACUUGAUUGUUGGUUCCAGCAAAGUCCCUGAUGAGACACACAUUGAUGCAGGCAAGGUUUAGGUGAAGUUUAGAUGUGAACAGAGGAACCGAAGAAACCUUAGGGCUUGUUUGGGUAACCUUGGAUUAGAAUGGAUUGAGGGGGUAUAAGGUGUAUUGAAGUGUAAUAUGAACUAAUUUCUCUUUCAAUCCCUAAAAUACACUUCAAUCCACUUCAAUCCCUCUUUAUCCAAACAAGGCCUUAGCAACAUUCGGUCGUGUAGCUGUUGUCAUUUCAUUGUUUUACAAAACAACAUUCGUAAUUUACAUAUAUAGGUCAUACAAUAUGGUCUCCUACUACAACUA